GGGAUCCACUUGCAUGAGAUUAAUAACAACAACAACCUUCUAACCUCUCAUUUCCCAUAAUGCAACUUGUACUAGACAAAUAUUAACUCUCUAACCCAUAUAUGCCUUGCCUCUCAUAUAUAUGCUUUUGCUUCAACAUCAACAAACUCAUAUCUAUAUCUCCCCAGAGAUAUUUUUUUAUUAUAAAUUCAAACUAAUAAUAAUAAUGCCUUCUUCUCUUCACUUUGAUAGGUUCAAUCCUAUCACCCAUGCCGCCACCACUGUCGCCAUCGCCAACGGCGUAAACUGUCCGAAGCAGCCUCAAGCGCCGCCCUCUUCCACGGCGGCGCGUCGCCUCGUGGUUCCCUCUCUCUCUUCCGGCAGAGGAAUCGCGGCCCCCGACACGGUGGCGCUCCACCACGCGCACGUGGUGGACCCCAACCAGUGCUGCUCCAUCGUGACGCAGCACAUCAACGCCCCCGUCUCCGCCGUUUGGGCGGUGGUGCGGCGCUUCGACAACCCGCAGGGAUACAAGAACUUCGUGAGGAGCUGCCACGUCAUCACCGGCGACGGCAUUCGCGUCGGCGCCGUCCGCGAGGUGCGGGUGGUGUCGGGGCUCCCCGCCGAGACGAGCACGGAGCGGCUGGAGAUCCUCGACGAUGAGCGCCACGUCAUCAGUUUCAGCAUGGUCGGCGGCGACCACCGCCUCAGGAACUACCAGUCGGUGACGACGCUCCACGCCAACGGGAACGGGACACUUGUCAUCGAAUCAUACGUCGUUGACGUACCGCAGGGUAACACUAAGGAGGAAACAUGCGUGUUCGUCGACACAAUCGUACGUUGUAACUUGCAGUCGCUGGCUCAGAUCGCUGAGAACAGAACCAAUAACUGUGAACACACUGCACAACACUGUUAACUUAACAAGUUGUUAACAGUGUUAAGUGUUAACCAUAUCAUUCAUUUCCUCUUCUUUUUUCUUUCUUUUUUUUGUUUCAAAUUCGGGUUCGGAUCUUGCACCAUGAACUUAGAUUUAAGCCCGUGUUUGGAAUUGAUAUGCAUGGAUGGGUAGAUCAGUAGGGUUUUUCGGACGGCAAUGGUUGAAUCAAUGUGAUAUGUAUAUGCAAAAUAUAUAAUAUAUGUUAAUGUUCAUAUAAAUUAUCAAAUGAUGUAGUUUUAUUUUCUUUUUUCA